AUGUUGCCCUCUGAUGACGAGGAGCAUGUCAAGCGUUUGAUCAGAAUCAGAAUUGCUCCCUACAACGGCAGAGUGAAAGAAUUACAAGGAAGAUUGGCAAAUCUUUUAAUUUCUCAAAGAAAUUCUCGUGAAUUAUCUAUUGAACCACUUGUCGUAAAUGAAUCAUCGCAUGAUGAAGCUGUACAUGUUCCAACUUCAGCUGCUUCUUCUUCCGAACCAUCGCCAAGUAUUUCUGAGAAUGAGACUAUGCAACAGAUGUCAAAUGUCAACGAGGACAAUAUUGAGAGCUUGGUUUCCUCUCAAACCAAUGACUAUUUCGUUAAAGUGAUGAAUUCAAUGCAACCAUUCAAGAAGUUGUCGCCAGAAGAUGAGAAUGCUCUAUCAUCCAACUCUGCCAUACAUAAGGAAAUCAUCAACCAGCUGUCAAAUGUUGAAAGAGGUUAUAAAUUGGUCAAGUACGCACUCAAUGCUAAUACCAAAUUAAGACAUGUCAUCUUGCUACUCUCUCAAAACAUUGUACCUCAUUCUUCCACCAUGAAACGUUGCAUUUACUCUGAUGCAAAUUAUGGAUCCUAUGUCAAUGCAGAAAUGGCUUUGAUUUUGUUUGUUUAUUUAUUUGACAUGAAAAUCUAUGAUUGGCAAAAUCAAAGUGAUGUCACCAAUUUAUUCCGAUCAUUCAAUUCGGUGAUUAGAUACUCUCCAAAUGCUUCUCUUGCCAUGUUCUACUUUGAGUUGUUCCAAUUUAUUGUCAACUCGAAUAACUCUUGUGAAAAGAGAACUGAAAGAAACAUUCCUGCUGUUGCCUAUAACAUUGCUUUGUGUUUGAGCGAUCAUGUGGACUCGAAUGAUUCUGUUCAUACAGAUCUGAGAGAUACCGAUACUACUCCCAUCAACAAAGAAAUGCAAGAGCUUAUUGAUAUUAUUGAGUAUUAUAACAAUAUGGGUUUCAAGUUUUUCAACAACAGUACGGAUGAGAAUAGAAUGGUGUUUUUUGGUGUCCGUAAGGUGUGCAGAAGAAGAAUUUUGGAAAUUAGCAAUACCAGAUCUACUUAUCGACUUGAAAAUGGUCUAUUUGUUUCUGAAGAAGACAAUGAUGAUGACACUGUCAGCGCCGUGACAGGAUUAUCCUCUACUGAGACAUCCUUAAUUGAAUUGUUAUACGACGAUUUGGCUUUGAGAUCAAUGAAGUUGAGAGAAAUUGAGGAAAUUGAGGUGAAACGUUGUGUCAAACAUGGAGAUAUAUUUAUGGAGACUGGAAAGAGCAAACAAGAUUCCUCAACCUAUUACAAGGCAUGUGACGGAAAUUUAAUAGUGUUCUAUUCCAGGAAGAGUAAAAUUCCAAACAUUAUGAAUGUUUACAGAACAUACACGAUGGAACAAUUGAAGAAAAAACAACAAGAUGCAAGAUCCCACCUCAUUGCUUGUUGUGACACUAUAUUGACAAGUACAAUGUAUGGAAAUUAUAUGGAUUGUGUUCCAAUUAUUCAAGACAUGUUGAGAAUGGAUCCAGAUGGACUAACAACAUUGGAAAAAGAGGCUUUGAAAGAAGUUAUUAAUAUCAUUUUCACAGAUACUGUUCCAACCUAUGACGAAGCUUUGAAAAUUAUUGCACUCAUGAAACAUUUUAAAAUAUCUUUUUAG